UCUCUCACUAGAUCAGGCAGAUUGCUAUCCAAUAUGGCAACCAGGUGGGGAAUCUGCAGCGCGGGCAAGAUCAGCCAUGACUUCACUGUGGCCCUGAAAACUCUUUCUCCUGAAGACCAUCAGGUUGUGGCUGUGGCAGCUCGUAAGUUGGAGGAUGCUCAGGAAUUUGCCAAAAAGCACAGCAUCCCAAAGGUAUAUGGCAGCUAUGAGGAGCUGGCCAGAGAUCCAGAUGUAGAUGUGGUGUACAUUGGAGUUAUCCACCCCUAUCAUCUGAAGACAUGUCUUCUCUAUACAAACGCCAAGAAAAACGUGCUAUGUGAGAAGCCACUGGCCAUGAACACAAAGGAGGUGAAGGAGAUCCUGGCCUCUGCCAAACUCAAUGAUGUCUUCUUCAUGGAAGCUGUCUGGACCCGAUUCUUCCCGGCCUCAGUGGAGAUAAGACGGCUACUGGCCCAAGGGGAGGUGGGGGACGUGAAGAUGGUGAGAUCUGAAUUUGGCUGGCCAGUGUUGCACGUACCGAGAUCAACGCAGAAGGAGCUGGGUGCAGGAGCAAUGCUGGAUCUUGGCAUCUACUGCCUGCAGUUCAUCUGCAUGGUGUUCAAUGGAGAGAAGCCAGAGUGCAUCCAGGCCAUGGGGGUGUGCCAGGAGACUGGAGCGGAUGAGACUGUUAUUGUUACGCUGAAGUUCUCCAGGAACAGGAUGGCAGUGUUUACUUGUUCUUCUAGUAUGAAGCUGGUCAAUGAUGCCGUUAUUGUGGGCACAAAUGGCAUCAUCAAGGUCCCUGAACAUAUGUGGUGCCCCACAUCCUUAGUGGUGAAUGGGGAGGAAACUCAGUAUCCAGUGCCAGAACCCUAUUUGCCUCUCAACUUCAUCAACAGUACAGGGAUGCGUUAUGAAGCAGAGGAGGUUCGACAGUGUUUGCUUAAAGGGUUGAAGGAGAGUGCAGUUAUCUCCCAUGCAGACUCUCUGCUGCUGGCUGAGGUAGAGGACGAGAUCCGCCGGCAGGUCGGGGUGACUUACAGCCAGGACUGCCAGUAGAAGAAUAUGAAGAUGAAAGAAAAAUCAUCAAUAGUCUCAACAAAGUGAGGGAAUUUUGUGAGCACAAAGGCAGUAUAAUGUUUGAGACUUUCUUUAUUUGACAAAGUGCUUCCAUGUUGUAAACAUGGAAAGACACUUAAAUAGUUAAACCUUUCAAUCACUAAUAAAAUGUUUUAUUACA